CAGUGUUUUGAAAUCUGCCAUCUUAUAUCUGGUCUUAUGGCAUUUCAUAAGUAUUUAAUUGUAGAUUAUUUAAAUGAAGAUUAUUACUUAGGCCUAAUAUAAAAUGACAUCAUGAGCAUGUCAGGACUCACUCAAAAGCUACUUUUUUUUUUUUUUUUGAAUUAAUCCAUUCUUUUCAUGCACAUAUUGUAAGGCCUAAUUUUGCACAGCUCUUUGCCUCUGGGGUCAAAAGUCUCAUUGGUGUAAUAUCAAGGUAUUCUUGGGUGAUAAUCCUAUCACUUGCAGUGUAUGAUCAGAUAAGGUGGUAGUAGAUGAAAGGAGGAGGGGAGCAGGCCAAGACAUGGUGUCAGACUUUGACCCCCGAGUGGAAGUCCUAGCACUGUGCUGAUCUCUCAGCCUUACGCCGGCUCAUGCCGUCUUCUGGCUUAGACAUGAAGAUUUGUUUUGCUCCGGCUGAUGUGCCUUUGGUUAGGAGGAUCCAGACUGCUGUCGUAUUGCAGUGGGUCUUCUCUUUCCUGGCCCUCGCCCCCUGCUGUAUUGUGUUGUUCCUCUUCCUGCUCUUCACUCGAUUCUGGCUCAUCAGUGUGCUCUAUGCCACCUGGUGGUACAUCGAUUGGGACACGCCUUCACGAGGAGGUAGAAAAGUGCCCUUUCUGUGCCGAAUGCGCGUGUGGGAGUACAUGAGAGACUAUUUCCCCAUAAAGCUGGUGAAGACAGCUGAUCUGGACCCUAGGAAGAAUUAUGUGCUGGGCUUCCAUCCUCAUGGUAUUCUUGUGGCUGGUGCAUUUACAAAUUUCUGCACGGAGGCAACAGGUUUUAGACAACUCUUCCCUGGGCUGAAAAGCAACCUUCUUAUGCUGCCUCUCUGGUUCAGAGCCCCCUUCUUCAGAGACUACAUUAUGUGUGCAGGCCUGGUUCCAUCAGACAAGGAGAGUGCCAGCUAUCUGCUCCGGCGGAAGGAAGGUGGGAACGCUGUGGUCAUUGCAGUUGGUGGUGCCCCUGAGGCUUUGGAUGCCCACCCUGGUGAACACAUUGUUCACCUAGCCAAUAAGAAGGGCUUCAUUAAGCUUGCAAUAGAGCAUGGUGCAGAUUUGGUUCCUAUAUAUUCAUUUGGAGAGAAUGAGUUAUUUGACCAGGUUCAGAACCCUCGUGGCACCUGGCUGCGAUAUAUUCAAGAACGUCUGCAACGCAUUAUGGGCGUUUCUCUGCCCCUCUUCCAUGCACGAGGUGUUUUCCAGUACAGCUUUGGCCUAAUGCCCUACAGAAAGCCUAUCAGCACUGUUGUGGGUAGGCCAAUCCCAGUAGAGAAAAAUGAGAAACCAACAGCAGAAGAAUUGGAUGUGUUUCACCAGCGCUAUAUGGAUGAACUCACCCGCCUGUUCGAGGAACACAAAGGAAAUUAUGGAGUACCUGAAGACACACACCUGGUGUUCCAGUGAGAGUAUCACUGAAACAACUCUGUGUGUGUGUGUGUGUGUGUGUGAGAGAGAGAGAGAGAGAGAGAGAGAGAGAGAGAGAGAGAGAGCUGUGUGGUGUCAAUUUCAGUGGUGUGUUGUGAGCAUUUAAAACAUAGUUGUUUUGCUAUAUAAUGUCAGUUGUUAAAAAUAAUAUCAGCAUUAUAUUUUCCUGAUAAAUUACAACAUUACAGUUACAAUCAUUCGGCUGUACUUUAAUUUGUAAUUUACAGCAGUUCAACAUUGCAAAAAAAAUUUUUUCAUGUAAAUUCAAAUUCACAUGCUUCAUGUUGUAACAUCUAGAUUAACUGAUUCUAAGUCAGAAAUAUUAUGUAAAAUAGCAAAUGCAACCUGACUUCAUUAACUUCACUUCAACUUUUACAGUGUAUUUUCUAUUGUAUGUGCUUUAAAGCACAAGUGUCUGAAUAAAUCUACACCAGUUUUACUACUC